CUUCGCUGUUUUUCAUGCUUUGCCUGUUGGGUUCACAGGCUCUUGAGGUGCAAGCAAGUGAAGAAGGGGAGACCAAACCCCACAGUUCCCUGCCUAACAAAAGGCAGCCUCUGGACCCUUAUAAUUGCCAGACCAGCAACAACCCUGACAUUUGGGAGGAGAUGACAGUUCUGAGAGACAUGGUGAUGGUGCAGAAGAUGGAGCUGUUGAACAUGGAAGGCAGACUGAGGGUUACAGAGAUACAGGCAGAUGAGCAGAAGUUGGAGCUUGCCCUCACUAAAACCAGCCUGGAGGAGCUGAAGAGAAAUUACACUGCCAUGGAGGAGAGUCUGAGAACCAGCGCGAAGCAAGUGGAAGAGCUGAAGCAAGUAAACAUGGAGCUGAGGGUUGAUCUUAAAAACCAGACAGCUGAACUUUUGUCCCUAGAAGCCAGAGUGGCAGUCAGUGACACUGAGCUACAGCUCGUAAUGUGUAAGAUGGAUGACUUGCAGGCUCAGAACACAGCUCAAGAAGCUGAGGUUACAUCUUUAACAGGCAGGAUGAACACUACUGAGCACCGACUGGAUAGUCUAACCAAUGCAAGUGAAAAGGUGGCAUUUUAUGCUGCUUUGACAAACUCAGCAGGUGUAGGGCCUUACAAUACUGCAACAGUCCUAAGGUUCAGCAAGGUCUUCACCAAUGUUGGUAACAGCUACAGUCCAAGCACUGGUUACUUCACUGCACCAGUGAAAGGAGUGUACUAUUUCAGAUUUACUAUAUGUGGUCAUACAAGUGAUGGAAACAUGGGAGUUCAACUAUUUCAUAACGGGAAAUCCAUUGUUUUUAAUUUGCAGGGCAAGUAUUCUUCAUCUUUUCAGUACCUGUCAAAUGCUGUUAUUCUAGAGCUGAAUGUCGGUGAUGAGUUACAUUUGGUCCUCCCAAAGCAGAAUGCAAUCUAUGAUAAUGUUAAUAAUCACAGCACAUUCAGUGGUUUCUUGCUUUUCAAUAUGUGAUGUUAAUCCAAACCAAUUUGAAACAAUCCAUCAAAACGUAAUAAAUGAAGCACCCUGAC